GUCAAUUGCAGGCCAUGUUUUUCUCUCGAGGGCCUGGCGCUCUCUGUGCCUACAGACGAGUCAGCAUUUUCCCAUCCUGGUCACAUCGGCGCCUGGCCACCAAGGCCUACGACCCCCUUCGUAUCCUCUUUUGCGGAUCUGAUGAGUUCAGCAUAGCUUCCUUGAAAGCUCUCCAUAAAGAGCAUGUGAAGCGGCCGGAUCGGAUUGCCUCAAUCGACGUUGUCUGCAGGCCUGGUAAAAGGGUUGGCAGAGGACUGAAGCAAAUCCGCGAGGUUCCCAUAAAAGCGGUUGCGACGGACUUAUCCCUUCCGAUUCACGAGAUCGAUACCUUUACAGGCUGGACGCCGCCUAUACUGCCUGCCGGUCCGAUUAACCUGAUUGUUGCCGUCUCCUUUGGGUUGUUCGUCCCUCCGCGACUUCUCAAUGGCGCAAAGUAUGGGGGUCUGAAUGUUCACCCUUCUUUGCUUCCCGACUUCCGGGGCCCCGCACCGCUACAUCACACACUAUUGGCCGGUAGAACUCGGACCGGCGUCACCCUCCAGACGCUACAUCUCAAGCACUUCGACCACGGUACUAUUUUAGCACAGACUCCGGCCCCCGGUUUUGACAUACCCGAUCCAGACUCAUGCACAGUACCCGACUUACUGGAUCUCGUCUGUCCGAAGGGCGCAGAUAUCCUCGUUGAUGGUAUCCGGGAGGGGUUGUUCGUGAGACCCGUGAAGGAUGCAGGCUGGAGAUCUUCUGAAGGAGACGGGCCGUUGAUCCAUGCCGCCAAAAUCAAGCCGGAGGACCGGCAUAUUGAUUGGGCAAACUGGUCGUGGCUGGAGCUUAGCAGAAGAAAUCGCGUGCUAGGUCCGCUCUGGAGCAAGGCUCUGGUUGCUACCAACACUUCUAGCGAAAGUUCUUCUUUCCAACAUCGGCGGGUUAUUUUCACGGAAUUCGAAGAAGCGUCGCCGCUCAAAGGCUGUGACAAGUUCGCCGUUGUCCCAGGCUUGCCGUUCGUGGAUGGCACGCAUCCCAUCGAGUCAGCGAAGGGGAAAGGCGUCUAUGUGUUUACACGGGAUGGAAAGCUCGUCAAGGUACACCAGAUGAAGGUGGAAGGACAACAGAAUGCCGACGCUCUUCGUGCCGCUCUGAAGGCUCGGAUGGUUGGCGAUCGCACGUUUUACUCGGGUGAUGUGGGAUAUACGCCGUUCUACAACCCCCUUGUGUAGGGGUCGGGUGAUGAAAAGCUAGCCGUUCUUUGUUCCAUAUUGCUAACGUCAUGAUACCGGUCUUUAGCACUCUUAAUAUCAACCCGUUCCAGUGCCCGACGCCACU